AGUAAAUACUUAAAUGCAUAGGUGUAAAAGUACCUCCCUAGGCCAGGAUUAGUCUUCAGUCACUGCCUAAUGUCUUGCAAGUUGCAACAAUCUUGAAAGGCCGUUAUUUCCUGUUUUAUGACUUCUCAAAUCAAUUUGUGUAUUUAAUGAUAUGUGAUUGCUCUUAUCUCUACUAUUUUCAAUGUUCAGGCUUCCUCUACCCGGUCAUUAUUCAGUGCUGUGAAAUUGCAUUCUCGAUGAAAACAUAGAGAGAAAGAAUGGAGAUAUUCCUCAGUCUGCAACAUCACUGCUAAAGCUAGUUCUGCAAGAAAUUGAGCUUCGAUUUUCAAAACAAUCAGAAAAUUUGAAAAAGCAAAAUAGCCUGGCCUCUACAAGUCUCUCGAAGUAAAGUAUCAAUUAAGAGAAAGGGUUUUGGAGACCCUUAGAACAGGAACUGCUGAAGAACACGAGAUUGAGAAGGUUGACUUUGAAGAGAAGGACAAACGUAGACAGCAAGAAAUCAGUGAUUUGAAGAAAGAUAAAGAUAAUUAUGAGAUGAAGAUUUCUUCACUAAACCAUGAUUUGGAGUUAACCAAAAAGAAACAUGAAGAGAAAUGCUUGCAGCUAGAAUCACAAACAGAAAAAACUAGAAUUGAGUUAGGGAAGAAGAUAAUGGAACUUGAGUGUCUUCUAAGUGAUUCAAGGAAGAAGGUGGAAGAGCUCGAAGCCUUUUCAGAAUCAAAGUUUCUGACAUGGCAAAAGAAAGAACAUGGCUAUAAAGUCUUCAUAGAAUCUCAGUUUAGAUCUUUACAGGCACUGAGAAUGGCAUCUGAGUCCUUGAAGCAGGAAGUUUUGCAGACCAAGAAGAUCUAUGCUGAAGAACUAAACCGCUUUGGCAUUGGUUCGAGUUUUGUGUCAUUUGGAGUCAAAAUAAGGAAUUUAGAGUUCAGCACCGGCGCUUGAGGAGCAAUCGGGAUUAUUCGAGAUGCAUUCGAGAGUGGAUUGAGAGAUUUGGAUGUCACCGGAAGGUUCACGAUGAAGAUUUGAUGACAAAAGAACUCUAGGAUUGGCUAUGGGAUCAAAAGAAGAUGAAUGAAGCUUGAAAACGACGAUCAGGAUGACCUUCUGUCAAUCACUCAAGCAUAUCCAUUUGUAGAAGAAUCCAAAGAACAUUAUUCAAGUUGCAUAUGAAAGCCAACUUUAAGAGCUACAAAGAAUAAGAAGACACCUUUAAGAGAAUCUGAGAGGAAGAAGGUGAAAACAGACGAUGAAGUCAGAUGAUCCCUGUUGCGAUUUCAGAAUGUGACCUUCCACCAUUUUGAUCAUAUCUAUUGAUUGGAUGAAUUAAAUCCCAUUUUGUGAAGAAAACGUUGUCAAAUUCGGAAGUUACGUAGGCACGAUUGUGCCCUCAAAGUUAGGCACGAUCGUGCGUGAAAAGAAAGAACCGCGGAGCUACUGCCAGCCAGGCACGAUCGUGCCUCCCUCCAGGCACGAUCGUGCCUGCCCAAAACACGCGUUUUUUCUCCGGAGGCACGAUUGAAGGUGUGACACCGCACCCGAACGUCCUUGAAAAUUCGAUUUAAAAAUUCAAAGUUUAUGUAUUGAAUUUUUGAUUCCCAAACAAUUGUAAAACGAUUAAUGUUUUUCGUAAUUAAUGAUCGAUUAUUGUACCGUUCGAACUCGUAUAUUAGUGUCGGACAUACAAAUACUAUUUGGGACUUAUUAAUAAAUAAAAGAGCCCAACAUUAUCUAAAUAGUGAUACAUAACAUUUCAAGACAAUUUGAGGAAGGCCGGGCGGCCCAAACAUUACUUUGGGCUCAACCUGCUAAAAAUAGCAAGUAUUCGAGAAUAGCGUCCUAGACCCACUCGGGAGUGACCACACGGC